GCGCAAAGGAAAAACAUUAAAUCCAAGAUGGCGACCGGUUCUGAACACGGACUUAAGAAAAUAGUCUGGAAAAGGAUUCAGGAGACCAUCAUCGCAGACUGCCGGAAGUCGGAAAUAUGGAAGAUCCUGAUUCUGGACCAGUUCACCACCAGGCUUCUGUCCUCGUGCUGCAAGAUGUCAGACUUGAUGUCGGAGAAGAUCACAAUUGUCGAGGACCUGCACAAGAACAGAGAACCGGUUCCAGAAAUGAAGGCAGUCUACUUUAUGACACCAUCACAGCAGGGAGUGGAUGCAGUCGUCUCAGACUUUAACAACAAACCAAAGUACAAGUCAGCCAACGUGUACUUCACUGACUAUUGCCCGGACGAACUCUUCAACCACAUGAAGCGCCACUGUGCCAAGUUCAUUCGCGUGUGCAAAGAGAUCCACGUCAACUUUCUUCCUUUGGAGUCUCAGGUGUUCACAUGCGACUAUCCCACAGCCUUCUAUGACAUAUACAGUCCUCACAGCACCCACAAGAGCCAUGCCCUGGAGACACUGGCGGACCAGCUGGUGACACUGUGUGCCACGCUGGAUGAGUACCCAGGUGUCCGUUACAGAAAAGACGGGGGCACGGACAACGCGCGGGUUUUGGCCGAGCUGGUGGACAACAAGCUGAAGAGGCACUACGAGUUGGACGACAGCGUGAAGAAGGGAAAGACGGCCGCGCAGCUGUUGAUCCUGGAGCGUGGCUUGGACCCAGUCAGUCCCGUCCUGCACGAGCUCACCUACCAGGCCAUGGCCUAUGAUUUGGUCCCCAUCCAAAACGAUACCUACAGGUACAAGUCCAAGGAUGGCUCAGAGAAGCAGGCGCAGCUCAAUGAGGACGACCUGUUGUGGGUCAGCCUGAGACACAAGCACAUCGCUGAGGUGUCUGAACAAAUCCCCAAGUUGGUCAAGGAGAUCUCAGCGAAUAAGAAGCAACCAGAUGGAAAGAUCACCAUCAGUAAUUUGGCUCAACUGAUGAAGAAGAUGCCAUCGUUCCGUAAACAAGUAACAGAGAAAACGGUUCACCUGCAGCUGGCUGGAGAUUGUAUGAAGCACUAUUCCAACAACGUGGAGAAGCUUUGUAAAGCUGAGCAGGAUCUGGCUGUGGGGUCGGAUGUUGAUGGAGUCAAAGUCAAAGACCCGAUGAGGACUCUUCUCCCAGUGCUUCUGCACCAUUACUCGGUCCAUGACAAGAUCCGGGCUGUUCUGCUCUACAUCUUCAGUGUCAACGGGACGACUGAAGAAAACCUGAACAAGCUGAUUCAGCACGUGAAGAUUGAAGACGAGCGAGAAUUUAUUCUGAACUGGAAACUCCUGGGAGUCCCCAUCAUUACCUCCGCCAGUUUGUUCUCACGUAAAGUGUCCAGACGAGACCGGUCCCAGGAGGAGACUUACAACCUGUCGCGCUGGACGCCGCUCAUCAAAGAUGUGAUGGAGGAUGUGAUGGAGAACAAGCUGGAUGCAAGAGAGUGGCCGCACCAGUCGGAGUGCCCAGCAGCCUGGAACGGAUCAGGAGCGGUCAGCGCCCGGCAGAAGAAGUCCAGCGCUCAGGAGGAGCGUCGCAGUGGAUCCCGUCUGCUGGUUUUCAUCAUCGGCGGUCUGACCUACUCUGAGAUGAGAAGCGCCUACGAGCUCACCAAGUCGCUGAAAUCCUGCCAGGUGCUCAUAGGCUCUUCCCACGUUGUCACACCUGUACGUCUCCUAGACGACAUCAAAGCUCUGAGCAGGAGACCGAUGGAGCCCUUCACCAUUGAGGAGAGGAGCACUGCCUGAACGUUACAUGACCAUUUCCUGCUAACACCUAACUGCUGCCUCUCUGCACUGACUCUAUAAGCACAGCAGACUUUUCACAUUUCUGUCCCUGUCUGACCAAACAGGAAUGUAAAAUACCCCUGAACUAACUUAGUUCUGUGCUACUUCCUGUGUGUGACUAAUAAAGUUUUAUUCACAUGUCAAUACAAUUAAACAGUUACCAACUUUGAA